CGGAGAUCGAUUAGUUGCCAGUGGCACUGGCAACAUGUUCCAGUCAAACGUUCAACCCUACCUACCAGCUACCAGUGGCGUGCCCCCACUCAACAAGGUUGUGUUUUGGACCUGCCUACUAGUGAGUGGCGUUCCAGGCGGGCUACUUACUCAGUGAGCCACUGGACCCUGGUCGCCUAACACAUAGCUAAGCACCGGAGAUCUUUCGCAAUACGCUGGAUCCUGCAGCUAUCCCUCGUUAUACCAAGUAUUUCUUCGCCCCGUAGACCGAGGUCACCGACGUACCCUACCCCAGGCUCCUGACCACAGGAACGGAGAUGUAUACCCCUCGGUUACCUCUAGCGCUCACUGACGAAGUCAUCGGCUACCUCCAUGACGACGAACGUACGCUGGGAACCUGUGCUCUUGUCUGCCGAGGGUGGCUACCCGUGUCGCGCAUGUACAAGUUCCGCGAAUUCGAGGUUAACCACCGCCGCAUGGCCCAAUCAUCAUGUCCACUGUUGUGCGACUCGGCACCCACGAUCCUGCCGUAUGUGCGGUGUCUACGUCUUGAGUUAUAUGUUCACGAGAUCGAUCGCGUUGCACUGAAGUCGACCUGGCUUGACACGCUACCCCGCAUGCGGCUCGAUCAGUUCACUGCUCUUCAAUGCCUGGAGCUAUCCCGUCUUCGCUGGGAGGACCUAUCUCGACAGUCGCGUGACUGCCUCUUCGCCGCCUGUCGUCGCAUUCAAACUCUCAUCCUACGGGGGCUCAAAUCACUCGACGGUAUAGAGCCGGCUCUGGAAAUGCUAUUUGCUGCUCCGCUUCUCAAGCACUUCGAAUUGUCGGGCGUCGAACCUUCCAGUUUGAGAGGCAGAGAGGAUGAUCGAACAAUUUUCGACCACAGUUCGCCUUUCUAUGCUGACAAGAAGAUGCCGGUAACUCUACGAAGUGUGGCCAUCGGCGCUGGAGUCUCGUUCGUCCUCGUCGCUCUCGACCACUUCACGCCAGUGUUACAAGUGCACACAUUAUCUGCGAUCUGUCUCAGAUUGGGGGAAGCAAGCGAUUUGGCGAUGUUCGUGCAAUCGUGCGGAGCAAGCCUAGAGUGUGGUACGUCUGCAGCAGCCAUAUUUUGUGAGACCGGUGGUUUCUCGCAUAAUACCUCACUUCGUACGCUGGAAUUCACCUUGGAUCCCUGCGAAAGCGCCCCGCCAAUGCUGUCAAUUCUACAGCAGAUAUCAUCGAGUGUAAUGGAGAAAGUGCGCAUGGUAUCCACGCCGCAGCAUCUCCGGACGAUGGAUUUCGACGGACUGGCAUCGAUUCUUCAAAAUGGUCCCUUGUCUGGUGCCAGACUAGAUAUCGAUGCGGUCAAUCGUGCUAUUGUCCCUUCGAUGGAGGCCAACAAUCUUUUGCCUGAGCAUCUCGGUUGGCUUGUGGCAGAGGACCGACUGAUAUUCACUCACACCGAUAUUGCCUCAAAGGAUCUGCCCACUCCGAGUACCCCUCAAUAUGAAUGGGCCGAUAUGGUUUCUUUCGAUUCGCCACCAUCUUGAACAUGACAAGACGGCCUCGGCCUGGUGGUUUCCGCUGAUGUGUCAAGUAUACUUUCACCGGAAUGUCCAAUAUGCAUUGCAGACUUACUUGCGGCAUUGUUGGAUGCAUGUACGCCUCGGGUUAACCGACAAUGUCUAGUACUGUGAUAGGAAUGGGCGAUGAAUCCUGAUUUUUGCACAUUGUGCGCCUGUCGGUGAUCAAAAGUAAUACACACGCCUGCAAAGGAUCCGAAGCAGCGUCGCGGCCAGUUCAAUUCAUUCAGGAAAUGACGCAGCUCUUAUUGCGUCACUUCUUGAGAUUCGCGACGCAGGUGUUUACGACAUGCCUCUGGAUUGUGAUCAUAUACGGAUGAUCGCUUGUCCUGUAAACAGUGCACCCGAGGGUGCUUUCUCAUGCUUUUGUUCAUUGUUGUACUUUUGUUCGUCCUUGGGCAGCCUCGGCCCGUAGAAGUUGAACCGCUUGCC